CACGAACUUGAAGAUAAUGGAAAUGUUAGAAUUUCAUGCCCAGUAGAUGGUUGCACUGAAAUAUUAGAUCAGAAGGAUGUAAAAAAAUUCGCAAAUGAGGAAUCAUUUAGACGGUAUGAAAGAUUUACACUAAAUCUUGUAUUAUCCAAAAUUUCUACCUUUCAUUGGUGUUUAAACCCAAAUUGCGGAUCAGGACAGGAUCAUUAUCAUGGAGACAAUCUUCCUAUAAUGACCUGUAAUUCAUGCGGGCAAAAAUCCUGUGUUGUACAUGGACAUACGGUUGACAAUGUGUGUAAAGAAUGCACUCAGCUACUGGAAGAUGAAGUUAAUCGGCAAGAGGAAGAAAAUAGGCUAGCAACUCUUCGAAAUGCUGAGAGUGCAUCUGAAGCCUAUGUGAGUCAAUUAAAGCAAUGUCCAAGUUGUGCGAGUAGAAUUGAAAAAAAUGAAGGAUGUGAUCACAUGACAUGUAGAUGUCGUUAUCAAUUUUGCUGGGC